AUGCACUCAUCCACCAUCAUUGCCUUGGCGUCUGUCCUUGCUACUGGCAUCGUCCACGCCCUUCCCCAGGCUGGAGUGCGCGGUGACCGGUAUGCGCGCGCGGCGGAGAACGUCAACAUUCCAGUGGAGAAGAGAGGCGAGUGGGACUACGAGCCCACCCCUCACUACUACCCACCCGCCGCGGACAGCGCCAACAUUCCAGUGGAGAAGAGAGGCGAAUGGGACUACGAGCCCACCCCUCACUACUACCCACCCGCCGCGGACAGCGCCAACAUUCCAGUGGAGAAGAGAGGCGAGUGGGACUACGAGCCCACCCCUCACUACUACCCACCCGCCGCGGACAGCGCCAACAUUCCAGUGGAGAAGAGAGGCGAGUGGGACUACGAGCCCACCUCUCACUACUACCCACCCGCCGCGGACAGCGCCAACAUUCCAGUGGAGAAAAUAAAGAACUGA